AUGACGAAGCUAUUGGCUUCUCUAUCUCUCUUGCUCCGACGAGUCUGUCGGUGGAGGAGGGGUGUUUCAGCUGGCAGCUCAGCAUGGGAAUGGGUUUCAGUGGUGGUUGAUGGCGUUAGGAGUGGCCGGCAUUCACAGCAGUGGGUUUCAGCAAGGCCAGUGGUAGCUGGCGUUGCAGGUGGGUUUUGGAUGAGAGGAUGUGGGAAAACAGGUAUUCGAGCAGCUGGUGGAAGACAUGGGGCAGCUUUGGGCGAGUUUCGAUGGAGAUGGCAGUUGGAGAGGUCAGCAGUUGCUGGUAGUUUGGGGCUGUUAUGGUCGGCUUGGGAGUGGGUGGCAGUGGUGGUUGAGGGGUUGUGGGUGAGGAGAGUUUGCAGGUCUUGGUUGUAG